AUGCCCGUAAAAGAAAAUACAGAAACACAUACACCAGAAAAUGAACCUGUUUGCCAAGAGACUCAAAAUCAACCACCGCCCACGGAAGUGCGUGAAAUUACACAAACAGAUAAAUUAAACAAGCGUCUUUUGCAGUCUUUUCUUACAAGAAUUAAUCAAUCUAACUAUAAUUUUAACGCUGUCGAUGAUGAAAAUGAAGAAAAAGGGAACGAAAGUGAUACUAAUAAUUUUCAGUAA